AGAUUUUGGAAAAAUGGAAUGGCUAAAAAGAAGAUAAGCAUCCACCGUCCGUUAUGCUGACUGACCUGAUCGAUGAUCACAUCUCACGCUCACGGGGUGGAAAACAAAAAAAAGAUAAAGGUGGCGAAAAGUCAUAAUUCGUAACUCAUUAUAAUAUUCGAGCAAGCAAGAGGGAGGGUAGGCAGAAAGACAGAGGGAGAAUGGUCGCUCAAUAUUACAAUACGAAUUAUUAUAAUAUAAUUGUUGCUGAACCUCCUCCGGUAGCCAUACUAACGUCGUAUUCCGAGCUCAAGAGAAGAAAGUCAAUUCCAAAUUCGGUUCCUCCUACUCCUCCGCCUCUGAGUCUUACUUCUUCUUCUUCUUUGUGGGGAAGAUCCAGAUUUAAAUCCUGGGGUUGGGGCACCAGUAGCGGCAGCAACAUUAUGAGCACUAGUAAUAAUAAGGUGAAUUGGGGCAUGGAAUCAUCAUCUGCCAACAACAUUACCACAACCAAUCAUCUGCGGCAUGUGGAGUCCAUGGCCACAAUGCCUUCUGGCGCUGGAAACAUUCCCCACCUCAACGCCAUCGUUUUGGGAGAAGCACUCGCUUGUGAAGAGAACGAUCUCAUCUUCCCCAGCGACGACUUCUCCCGCCAGGCUCAUGUUCCCUCUCCCCUCAAGUAUCUGGAGAUGUAUAAGAGGUCCAUCGAGGACCCCGCGGGGUUUUGGUCGGAUAUUGCUUCCAGCUUCUAUUGGAAACAGAAAUGGGACCAACAAGUCUACUUGGAGAAUCUCGAUGUCAGGAAAGGCGAUAUCAGAAUUGAGUGGUUCAAGGGCGGUAUCACCAACAUCUGCUACAAUUGCCUUGACUCAAAUGUUGAAGCUGGACUUGGUGACAAAAUUGCCUUUUACUGGGAAGGCAAUGAGCCUGGUGUUGAUGCCACUUUAACGUACAUCCAGCUUCUCCACAACGUUUGCCAGCUUGCAAACUAUUUGAAAGAUAUUGGAGUUAAAAAGGGUGAUGCUGUUGUGGUUUACUUACCAAUGUUAAUGGAACUUCCAAUCACAAUGCUUGCUUGUGCUCGCAUUGGUGCAGUUCACUCGGUUGUCUUUGCUGGAUUUUCCGCAGAAUCUCUUGCUCAAAGAAUUGUGGAUUGCAAACCGAAAGUUGUAAUCACUUGCAAUGCUGUUAAAAGGGGUUCUAAGGUCAUCCACCUCAAAGAUAUAGUUGAUGCUGCCCUUAUUGAAUCAUCCCAAAGUGGGGUUUCUAUAGAUGUAUGCUUAACUUAUGAAAAUCAAUUGGCUAUGAAGAAGGAAAGUACCAAAUGGAAAGAAGAAAGAGAUGUAUGGUGGCAGGAUGUCAUACCUAAAUAUCCAACUACUUGUGCAGUGGAGUGGGUUGAUGCAGAAGAUCCACUUUUUCUGCUCUAUACUAGUGGGAGCACUGGCAAGCCGAAGGGAGUUGUCCACACAACUGGAGGAUAUAUGGUGUACACUGCAACAACAUUUAAAUAUGCAUUUGAUUACAAGCCAUCUGACAUCUACUGGUGUACAGCUGACUGUGGUUGGAUCACUGGGCACAGCUAUGUCACAUAUGGACCCCUGCUAAAUGGAGCGUCUGCUGUCAUAUUUGAAGGGGCUCCAAAUUAUCCUAAUCCUGGACGCUGUUGGGAUAUUGUUGAUAAAUACCAAGUGACCAUAUUUUAUACUGCCCCCACAUUAGUGCGGUCCCUCAUGCGUGAUAGUGACGAGUAUGUUAUGCGAUACUCGCGGAAAUCCUUACGUGUCCUUGGAAGUGUAGGCGAGCCUAUUAAUCCAAGUGCAUGGAGAUGGUUUUUCAAUCUGGUUGGAGAUUCAAAAUGUCCUAUUUCUGACACUUGGUGGCAAACUGAAACUGGUGGCUUUAUGAUAACUCCAUUACCGGGUGCCUGGCCACAGAAGCCUGGUUCUGCUACUUUCCCUUUCUUUGGAGUUCAGGCUGUCAUAGUGGAUGAGAAGGGUGUUGAGAUUGAAGGGGAGUGCAGUGGUUAUCUGUGUAUAAAAAGCUCAUGGCCUGGAGCAUUCCGAACUCUUUACGGUGAUCAUGAAAGAUACGAAACUACUUACUUUAAACCUUUCCCUGGGUAUUAUUUUAGUGGUGAUGGAUGCAGCAGGGACAAAGAUGGAUAUCACUGGCUUACAGGACGGGUUGAUGAUGUUAUCAAUGUCAGUGGACAUCGUAUUGGUACAGCAGAAGUGGAAUCUGCUCUGGUAUCACAUCCCCAGUGUGCUGAAGCUGCUGUGGUUGGCGUUGAGCAUGAGGUUAAAGGACAAGGUAUAUAUGCUUUUGUUACUCUUGUGGAGGGUGUACCUUACAGCGAAGAACUCCGGAAAGGCCUUAUACUGAAUGUCAGAAAGCAGAUCGGAGCAUUUGCAGCACCGGACAAAGUCCACUGGGCCCCUGGCCUUCCAAAAACAAGGAGUGGGAAGAUAAUGAGGAGGAUUCUGAGGAAAAUUGCUUCUAGACAGUUAGAUGAGCUUGGUGACACCAGCACUCUUGCAGAUCCAAGUGUGGUCGAUCAACUUAUUGCUCUCGCAGAUGUGUAGACUCUGGUUUGGACACGUACUCACCAAAAAUGAUCAAUUGCAUAGAUUAGGCAGUAGAAAAAAGUGAUGCACGAAGGUUCUGUUUCCCAUAACUUCUUACAGCGUACUCAGCACAUUAUAUGAAUGUCCUCCCUUAACUAAUGUUUCGAUAAAUGUAUUUCUGCUUAUAAGCGCCUUUGCUAGAAACGUUUUUAAUAGAAGCACAUCAAGUGCUGUAGUAUAGCUAUGUUGUACACUGCUGCACCUCGAUGCCUGCGCAACCUGAAGCACGAUUGGGUUUUAAUAUAAACGGGGUCCGUGGACAUGGUAUGGCUCGGCACCAAGAUGGCAUGGGUAGUUGGUCUAUGUCGGCUAGCUGCUCUUCUUCUAUAAAAGCCAACACAAAUUCUUUAUAGAAUUGGGAUUUCGAGAAGUGAAACUUAUUACGAAAUAAGGAUGAGCUAUUGUAGAACAGUGAAAGUUUAUGAAGUUGAGAUUUGAGAGGAAUAAA